GAAUAAAGAAUUGGAAAAAAAAAAGGGGAGCCAAUAAUCAAAUCCUCUCUAUAAAUAAAAACAAAAUACGGGCUUCAGUUUUCAUUGCACAGAAUCAAAACUAAACUGUAAUUAGCAAUUGUAAGUCGGUAACUCGAUUAUGCGGUCAUUAGUCAACUUCUUCUGCUUGUCCAAAUCCAAACGCCCCCCCGGUUUUGAAGAACAUGCAAUUCUUGCUUCCGAGACAGCUUUUAACGUUAACGAAGUAGAUGCUCUGUAUAUCAUGUUUGAGGAAUUAAGCAGUUCCAUAGUCGAUGAUGGUCUAAUCCACAAGGAAGAAUUUUUGCUUGCGCUUUUCAACUGCAGCAGCAAGAAGAGUGUCCUUGCCGAAAAGUUGUUUGAGCUGUUUGAUGUAAAGCAUAACGGGGUAAUUGAAUUCGGAGAAUUUGUUCGGUCGUUGAGCAUAUUCCACCCAGAUGCUCCAGAGGCAGAUAAAAUAGCAUUUGCAUUCAAUUUAUAUGACCUCAGGCACACCGGCUAUAUAGAACGAGAAGAGUUAAAGGAAAUGGUAUUGGCUACUCUGAGUGAAUCGGAAUUAUCACUUUCAGACGACGAUGUUGAAGCCAUAGUCGACAAGACGCUCCAAGAAGCAGACUCAAACGGAGAUGGCAAAAUCGACCCACAAGAGUGGAAACAAAUGGUCAGAAAAUACCCUUCCCUUAUAAAGAACAUGACUCUUCCAUAUCUAAGAGAGAUUACUCUAGCGUUUCCGAGCUUCGUAAUGGAGACUGAAGUCCCCGAUUCAGAUCUAGUUUGCUGAAAAAAAAUUCACAAACAAAUUGGGACGAGCGAAUUUUUUUGCACAUUAUUAUAGGGAAAAAAAAAGAGUUUGUAUUUUCACCUCGUCAUAGCAAAAUUCGUCGAAUCAAAUGUACAAUACUCUAUUCGGAAUAUAAUUUUUUUCGUCUUCUUGCCAACGGAGUUGUAAAACAUGAAUUCAUUUAUCAAUGAAGUUGAGAAAAAAAAAUGUUUAUCUAC